AUGUCAUACACACUGGCGCUGCAUAAGCGGGGCGCUGGGACGUGUGCGUACAUCUGUUCGGAGAACAGCUGCAAGGUCAAUGUUUUGGCCACACACUGGCUUGGGGAGCUCCUGCGUUCGGUGAUGGUGGCUGCAGCCCUCGUGCGAGUCAACGAUCGGCCCUGCAGUGCCUCACGUCUCUCAGCACGGGCUCGAUGCUCGACCACCACUUCGCGUGACUACACCCAGUCAGUGUCGGUGCUCGGUUCGAGGUCAUCAACGAUAAACAUAAAACACGACAGGCCGAUCUGGGUUGCAAAUCUUGAAGUGGAAACUCCAACGAAUCAAAAACAAGAGUUUUCAAAGGAUUGCAAAAAGUCAAAGAAAUACAAAGGAUCACUCUCGAAACUCCGAAGGGAAAAAGAACGAGAGUUUUCAAAGAAUAACUAUGAAUGCAAAGACGAAGACGGCUCUGCACCGCACGAUGUGCUGUCAUCAGGCUCGACUACCCUUCUUAAAAGAUUCUCCUAUAACAAAACAUCCCUAGAAAGGUGUCGAGGCUCCUCCAGAUCAGUACUUUUGGAUCUAUUUCUGUUGCACGAUGAGGUGUGGAUGCUCGGAAGAAGGACAAAGAAGUGUUAUCGGCAAUACGGGGUCCUUCCAUACUCUGUUGAACAGAAUAUAUCGACCCCAUACUCGCUGUGCAGAAUAGGUGUAAAACUCGGUUCUUUCGACAUAUCUUGCUGCAUUCGGAAGGAUAAGGAGAAUCGGAGGCUAGCAAGGUUGGCAAAGGAAUCACAAGAAAACCGAGAGCGAGACUAUCCGGUGAUUACAAAUUACCAUAGUUCUUCCAGUGAGGCCGAUAACACUGAAUAUUCUGAUUCUUCGAGUGAGGAAGAAGCAAUGGAGGGAGACCAAGAACGAACGUUGAGGCAACUAGCCAAUCCCCGACUUCUUCAACAACCCUUGUGCAUAAUAUUUCCGACGGUAAAUGACGCCACCUUCGAGCUUAAGUCGGGCCUGAUACACUUAUUGCCGUCAUUCAACGGCCUCUCAGGCGAGGACCCACACAUGCACCUGAAGGAGUUCCACACUGUCUGUUCCGAAAUGAAGCCCGCCGGGGUAACCGAGGAGCAGAUCAAGCUUCAGGCGUUUCCAUUUUCAUGGAGAAAGCUUUUCUCCAACGGUACUUUCCGGCAUCAUGGGUUGCGAAUUUGCAUAACGGAGGAGCUGCUAAUUCAGUACUUCUAUGAGGGGUUGUCCCUCAUGGAUAGGAACAUGCUCGAUGCGGCAAGUGGAGGCACUCUUAUGGACAAGACACCGACGGCCGCAAGGGAUUUGAUAGAAAAUAUGGCAGCAAACUCCCAACAAUUUGGCACUCGAGAAGCAUCUUUUCAGUCGGUUAAUGAGGCUGGGAUCGGUGCCUUGGAAUCCCAAGUUAAAGAGUUGACAACUUUUGUCCGAAAGUUAGCCAUGAAUGGGUUAUCCAGGAUGCAACCAUGCAUGCGUUGCGAGACAACUGAUUAUGUUACGGACAAUUGCCCACUAAUCAAUGGUGAGAUGGAGGCACAAGCAAACGCGAUUGGGUCCAAUAAUGGGCCGGGCCAAAACUAUGACCCUUUCUCCAACACCUACAAUCCCGAUUGGAGAGAUCACCCCAACCUUCGAUAUGGAAAUCCAUCAGGUGGAGUGUAUGCGGAGAAGGAUAAUCGGCCACCCCAAAUCUUCCAAAGAGGCCAAAACUUUCCACGACAAGCGGGUAACGGUCAACCGAACUCCAUGCCACAAUCUUCCCUAGAAGAGAUGAUCAAGACGCUUGCAACUAGCUCCAUGAACUUUCAGCAGGGUGUUCAAGAGAGCAUAAAAUAUCAGGAGAUGAGCAUCAAGAAUCAAGAGAUGAACAUCCAGAAUCAGGGAUUGAAUAUCAAGAGCCAAGGAGUGAGCAUCAAAAACUUAGAAGGCCAAAUGAGUCAAUUGGCGGAGCAUAUGAAAUAUGGGGCCGAGCAGCAGAAUACGGGGACACCCUGUACUCAGUCUGCUGAGAAAGAAAGACGCGUGGGCAGUCCGAUUUUCCCUCCACUGAAACCCGAGCCUCUACCAUUUCCAUCCAGGGUACGAAAGGCAGCAAAGGAAGACGCUGAGAAGCAGGUUCUUGAUGUGUUCAAGAAAGUCGAGAUCAACAUUCCUCUCAUUGAUGUAAUUAAGCAAGUCCCUCGUUACGCCAAAUUUUUGAAGGACCUAUGCACUAACAAGCGAAGGUUGCAAGGGAAUGAGAAGGUUCUGAUGGGAGAGAAUGUCUCGGCAAUUUUUCAGAAGGAUUUACCCCAUAAGAGAAGCGACCCAGGUAUGUUUUCAAUUCCAUGCACAAUAGGGAAUCUAAAAAUUAAGCGAGUCAUGCUCGAUUUGGGAGCAUCAAUUAAUAUUAUGCCUCGCUCUAUUUUUGAUUCCUUGAAUUUGGGUCCUCUUAAAGAAACUCGGGUGGUAAUUCAACUUGCCGACCGAAGUACUACUUUUCCGGAUGGGGUGAUUGAGGAUGUUCUAGUAAAGGUUAAUGAGCUCAUUUUUCCCGCUGACUUUUAUGUGUUGAGUAUGAAUGACAGGACUCCUAUAUCAACCCCGAUUUUGUUAGGGCGGCCGUUCUUGAACACCGCUCAAACGAAAAUCGACGUUCGUGAAGGCACUCUCACAAUGGAGUUUGAUGGCAAUGUUAUUCGGUUUAAUAUUUUUGAUGCCAUGAAAUUUCCUGAAUCUGACCAUUGUGUUUAUUUACUUGACUGUAUUGAACCGUUGGCACAGGAUUUUCUCGACACUUAUAGGGAGGACCAGCUGGAGCUUGUGAUUUCACAAAGUUUGGACAAUAACCAAACAGUAUGGGGUACCUGCCCAGGAAUACAGGGCGACCCCAUACUCGGACUACAGAGAGAUAGCAACCAACCCGAAUUUUGUCACCAGCUGGAGCUUAUUGAUGAGGCCGUAACAGCCUUGAAUACUCUGAAACCAUAUCUUGAAAAGCAUGAUAAAAAUUUUAUACGGUUACCUGAGCUUGAUAAGAAAAUUCUUCCUUCUACUUUGCAGGAACCGGAGCUUGAACUGAAAUCCUUACCGAGCCACUUGAAGUAUGCUUAUUUGGGAGAUAAUCGAACACUCCCAGUGAUAGUGUCAUCGAAGUUGGAACCUGACCAGGAGGCAGCCCUUAUUGAAGUAUUGAAGAAUUACAAGUGA